GGUGUACGUUUUGAACUGACGUGAGAUGUCUCCUUGCCCUCCAUGGCAUGAAUGUAGCUUCGGGUGAACCUUUUCUACUACAAUGCCAGUGCAAGGCACUAACAUCUACUUGUAGCUGUAGUAUCUAACACUAGUAGUAGUGCCGCGUGCCUUCUUUCUCCCAGUCUGAAAAUGAUCCAAGGAACACAUGAUCGGAGGCCAUUGUUUUAAUUGAUUGACCCGUUACAUAAUCUGUAAUUGUUGCCAAAUCCCUUUACUCUGCACGCCGUCAUGGGAAAGCAAAGGGAUUCUUCAAGUUCAGACACGUUUGCUCAGGAAUACAGACGAAGAUUAGGUAGACAAGAGUUCCGUGGACGGAGCAAGAAGGACGCGCUCAAGGUGCGGGACAAGGCACAGGCACGGCAGACCAACCAGAGCUACAUCAAGGACGUCAUUUUGUCGGUGUCGGCACUGGCGCUGGUGUUAGCAGUCCUCUACAUGAUCAUCUUCUACAGUCUACAGCGAUAGCAGGGGCACAUGAGCUGAACAGUGCAGCACUGUUGAGUCGUGUUGGCCCCCAGUGCAGUCGCGCACUAUACUGCUGUAAUCUGAGUCUCUCUGGCAGCAGCAGCAACCCCAGGUAUAGCCAUGCACUGUACAUCUGCAAUCUGUAGCAUGCCCGAGAACUGUGGACGUGUGCUCUACAGACUGAGUGCAGUGGCAACCAGUACUGGGCGCCUCACUCGUGGAGAAGUCAAGUGCCACCGUAUGAGACUAUCAGUGCAUCCAUCCGGGCAGCAGACAUGCGUGCGUGGUCGUACGUGCAUGAACAUCCAGUCCUGACAGCGCUUGGUUCAAGAUCAGUCUACACCGUCAGCUGUCCAGUGUGGCAGUUCUCACGGAAAUUUGUCUGCUUGACUUCAACAAUCGUGUCUCUUUAAAAAAUUCAAUGUAAAACACUACAUAAAACUAUGUACAUGUACAACAAUCAGAUCAUGAUGAUCAAUAUUCAGUGUACAUGUAUUGUUAACAACACAUGUACUUUGAAGUAACAAACAGUUCGAAUGUUUAUUCUUAUUCUCUCAAUGGUGUGUUGCACUCGGACGCUUUUGCUACAUUUCCUGCUGGUUUGUGAUGGCUAUCAUGAUCUGUGGAUUACACCUGUAUGACUGCAUCUGUUGAGGUACUUUUCGUUAAUAAGAGUUACGCCAGUGAAGUCAUGAGUUGUUGUUGUCGUCGUCGUCGUUUGUUGCUGUUG